CCUCCUCCUCCUCGGGACCAUUAAAGCCAAUGAGCCGCGCGCUUCUGCCUAGAGCAGCCAACUAAAUCGGUUUGGAUGAUUCGCGACCUGAGCAAGAUGUAUCCGCAGACCAGACACCCGGCACCGCAUCAGCCUGCUCAACCCUUUAAAUUUACAAUUUCCGAGUCCUGUGAUCGGAUUAAGGAAGAGUUUCAGUUUUUACAAGCUCAAUACCACAGCCUGAAGCUGGAAUGUGAGAAACUCGCCAGUGAGAAGACAGAGAUGCAGCGGCAUUAUGUCAUGUAUUAUGAAAUGUCCUAUGGGCUGAAUAUAGAAAUGCAUAAACAGGCAGAGAUCGUCAAGAGGCUGAAUGCUAUCUGUGCACAAGUCAUUCCUUUCCUGUCCCAAGAGCACCAGCAACAAGUGGUGCAGGCUGUGGAACGGGCCAAGCAGGUGACCAUGGCAGAGCUGAACGCCAUCAUUGGGCAACAACUCCAGGCCCAGCAUUUAUCACAUGGACACGGUCUGCCAGUGCCUCUGACUCCACAUCCUUCGGGGCUUCAGCCACCUGCCAUUCCACCCAUCGGUAGCAGUGCUGGGCUUCUGGCCCUCUCCAGUGCCCUGGGAGGGCAGUCUCACCUUCCAAUUAAAGAUGAGAAGAAACACCAUGACAAUGAUCACCAAAGAGACAGAGACUCCAUCAAGAGCUCUUCAGUAUCCCCAUCAGCCAGCUUCCGAGGCGCUGAGAAGCACCGAAACUCCACAGACUAUUCCUCUGACAGCAAAAAGCAGAAAACUGAAGAAAAAGAAAUCGCAGCACGUUAUGACAGCGAUGGUGAGAAGAGUGAUGACAACUUGGUAGUUGAUGUUUCCAAUGAGGACCCAUCUUCCCCUCGAGGGAGCCCAGCACAUUCCCCAAGAGAGAAUGGCCUGGACAAGACACGUCUGCUCAAGAAAGAUGCCCCGAUUAGUCCAGCUUCAAUUGCAUCUUCCAGCAGUACCCCUUCCUCCAAAUCCAAAGAACUUAGCCUUAAUGAAAAAUCUACUACUCCUGUAUCAAAGUCCAGUACCCCUACUCCACGAACUGAUGCACCAACCCCGGGCAGUAAUUCCACCCCUGGGCUGAGGCCUGUACCAGGAAAGCCACCAGGAGUUGACCCGUUGGCCUCAAGCCUGAGGACCCCCAUGGCAGUACCAUGUCCAUACCCAACGCCGUUUGGGAUUGUGCCACAUGCUGGGAUGAACGGGGAGCUGACCAGCCCUGGGGCUGCCUAUGCUGGGCUGCACAACAUCUCCCCGCAGAUGAGUGCCGCUGCGGCCGCUGCAGCUGCCGCUGCUGCAUAUGGGAGAUCACCCGUGGUUGGAUUUGACCCACACCAUCACAUGCGUGUGCCAGCGAUACCUCCAAACCUGACAGGCAUUCCAGGAGGAAAACCAGCAUAUUCCUUCCAUGUUAGUGCAGAUGGUCAGAUGCAGCCUGUUCCCUUCCCCCCUGACGCCCUCAUUGGACCUGGAAUCCCCCGACACGCUCGCCAGAUCAACACCCUGAACCACGGGGAGGUGGUAUGUGCCGUGACCAUCAGCAACCCCACGCGGCACGUGUACACGGGUGGGAAGGGCUGCGUCAAGGUCUGGGACAUCAGUCACCCUGGCAACAAGAGUCCUGUCUCUCAGCUUGACUGCUUGAACAGGGAUAACUACAUCCGUUCCUGCAGAUUGCUCCCUGAUGGGCGCACCCUGAUUGUUGGAGGGGAAGCCAGUACUCUGUCCAUUUGGGACCUGGCAGCUCCGACUCCCCGGAUCAAGGCAGAGUUGACGUCCUCAGCUCCCGCCUGCUACGCCCUGGCCAUCAGCCCGGACUCCAAGGUCUGCUUCUCCUGCUGCAGCGACGGCAACAUCGCGGUGUGGGACCUGCACAACCAGACGCUGGUGAGGCAAUUCCAGGGCCACACAGACGGAGCCAGCUGUAUUGACAUUUCUAACGAUGGCACCAAGCUCUGGACGGGCGGUUUGGACAACACGGUCAGAUCCUGGGACCUGCGUGAGGGGCGGCAGCUGCAGCAGCACGACUUCACGUCCCAGAUCUUCUCUCUGGGCUACUGCCCAACCGGAGAAUGGCUUGCGGUGGGGAUGGAAAACAGUAAUGUGGAAGUGCUACAUGUCACCAAGCCCGAUAAAUACCAGUUACAUCUUCACGAGAGCUGUGUGCUGUCGCUCAAGUUUGCCCACUGUGGCAAGUGGUUCGUAAGCACUGGAAAGGACAACCUUCUGAAUGCCUGGAGGACACCUUAUGGGGCCAGCAUAUUCCAGUCCAAAGAAUCCUCAUCGGUGCUUAGCUGUGACAUCUCUGUGGAUGACAAGUACAUUGUCACUGGCUCUGGGGAUAAGAAGGCCACGGUUUAUGAAGUUAUUUAUUAAGGACAAAUCUUCAUGCGAACUGGACUCCUCCUUGUAGCACUUUGCUCUGUCAUCCUUUUUUUCCCUCCCUUACCUAAAACCGCGGAUUCCAAAUACUCAUUGCAGUUGUGGAAUUUUAUCUUCUUCCUUAACCCCACUUCCUAUUUGCUAUUGAAUUGUGAAUACUCAUUAAGAACCUGUGAUACCAAAUCUUUCAGAUAUCUACUUGGAAGAACAUGGGAUAGGCAUACUUAACAGUGAAUGGAAUCUUUAAUUAUGUAUUAUACCUGUAAUAUAUUUAUUUUGUUUAAAGAAGGCUUUCUAACAAUGACUGACUAAAUAAAGCUGUCUGCUCCUGCAUUGAU